AUGUAUCCUGGCAUGGAUAAUGGUACGAGACGUAAAAUUGAUAAUUCCAGUACCCAAUUUGGAUCGCAAGCCCACAGCGACGGAUUUUGCGCUGCCCGAGAGAACGGAAAGACGCAAACGCAAGCGUCAAAACCGAAUCUAGAAAUCAUGGGACAGGAAUAUCGGGGCCAAACAACAAGACCGAGUAUGGUACGAAUGUUCCAAAAGUGCGGGUUCAUUUCCCUACGGUGGGCGAUAAUUAGGUUACAUGUUGUACGGUUGAGGCGUCGCCAAACCUGGACCCCUCACUCCACGCCAUUCUUUUCCAUCAACAUUGAUAUUAUACCCAGAUGCUUCGUAUCUAUAGGGUUGUCUCUAUCGUAUACGAACGCCCCAGAUGAUGCCGGUUAUUAUAACAUCUGCCCGCGCAUCUCGAUAUCUAGGGUGCUUCCUCUUGCACCGGUCUGGAAGGCAAUAGAGAACGAUGAUGUGGAUGUAUUGCAGCAUAUAUUGGAGAAUGGCGAGGUUAGUGUGAGAGAUUGCGAUAAAGGGGGCAACUAUCUCCUUGAGCAUAUUCUUGAUGAUUAUGCAGUAAAAUGUCUUCGAAAGUACUGCACAGAAUCAGAUCCGGUUGGCGAGGAUCAAAUCCGGACGUACGAGAUGCUCCGAAAUUUUGGAUCUUUCUCCGGGCCGUUCGCAUGGUGGCCUAGCAGCUGUCGCGCUUUUCGGAGUGAUAUUUCUAUCUUUGAAUUUCAUUUAGAACUUCACUUGAAGAUUGGCGCUGAUUUUAAUGCGAUAGUGGAGGAGUUGGUGCUCCUAGAAUGCGCCAUUGAGGUUCUGUCGCGUUUGGCGGCAGGCUUUGAAUGGGGACAGGGCGAAGGGGACAAUGCCAGUUUUCAUGAUGGCAACACCAAAGGCGCCUCAAUUGAAGUGGAAGAAGCCGAUGAAGCAGCCGAAGUAACCCUGCGUCUAUUGAUUUUGACUAUCGAUGCUGGAGCUGAUGUCUCGUUUGUACGUGAGGUCAACGGUCAUGUUCGGUCAAUCACAGACUUUGCAGUUGAACGAGGAAUCGAAGAUUAUUGGGAAGAAGCCCCCAGAACUUGUGGAUACGAUCCCGUCGAAGUUCGUGAAGAAAAUGAACGACGGCGGAAGGAGUACAAGCGCCUUAAUUCAGCGGGGCGAAGCGGCGUUGAUGUCGAAGCAAUUAGGAGUGUACCUUCUACGCGUGGCUUGAGACGUAGGGCUACAGCAGGAGCUAAAGCCGCCGAGUCAUCAGUAGAUGGCUAGGAGGUGCCAUUUUCUUGACAUGUAGUAUUCCAUUCGAUCCGUUCUUGAUUGUUUCAUCGCACCAAGCUUGAUGCUUAGGAUAUAGCGGGUGGAAGGUAA